AUGGCUAUUAAGGCAUCGAGCAAACUGCCUCAGAGGGCAGCUAUCAAGCAUAUUCUGAAGAAGUGUUCGAGUUCUUUCGGCUACGGUCACGAACGAAGCCUUCCCGAUGAUGUCCCUAAAGGCCAUUUUGAUGUCUAUGUUGGAGAAAACAGAAGCAGAUACAUAAUUCCGAUAUCAUGGUUGGACCGCCCCGAGUUUCGGGUCUUGCUUCAAAGGGCCGAAGAGGAGUUUGGGUUUAACCACGACACCGGUCUUCAAAUCCCUUGCGAAGAAGUCGUUUUCCGAUCUUUAACGGCCAUGAUCAGAUGAACAAAGCUUGAUGUAUAGGGUAGAGUCAGGGAACUGAACAAAAAAGAUUGCCGUAUAGCUCUGUUGCUUCGAACCCUCAUGCUGUCAUGCAUUACAUUAGUGUUUUAUUUUCUUUUUUGCUGA